AGUAGGAGUACAGUGCCGGAGAGGUUCGGAGCGAGUGUGCCCGACAGCCAAGUGCAGCCGCGUUGGGCUGCCAGCCUCUGCCUCCCUCCCUGCUUAGGGAGGGGCCGAAGCGCGCGCGCGAGCGAGGGUCGAGGGGUAGGGGGCUGGCCAGUCUCUUGCCCCAGCGGCCACCCCGGGGAUCCCAAGCUCCUCCCCCACCCUGUUUCUAUUGGCCUCGGGCGCCCCCGCCCCCAGCCGCCCGCUGGAGCUCUGGGGCCCUUAAGCUACCACCGGAUAAAUAGCCCCGGGCGCCUGGCGUGAAGCUAGGGGUGGGGAAGCCCCCGGGCGCUGCCGCCGCUCUCCUCAGCGCUUGUUAGACCCGACAGGACUAGGCAGAGGGGGGGAAGUCGCCCGUACAUUCAGACCCCUACUACUUUACCACCUUACGGCCAGGACUGCGGAGAGUCAGAAAGUUUCGGGCAACCCCUACCGAAGCCAGGACUGCGCCACCCCCUGCCGGGAUAUGGAGCUGCUGUCGCCGCCGCUCCGGGACGUAGAUUUGACUGGCCCCGACGGCUCCCUCUGCAACUUUGCCUCCGCGGACGAUUUCUAUGAUGACCCGUGUUUCGACUCUCCGGACCUGCGCUUCUUCGAAGACCUGGACCCGCGCCUCGUGCACGUGGGCGCGCUCCUGAAGCCCGAGGAACAUUCGCACUUCCCUGCGGCCGUGCACCCGACCCCGGGCGCGCGCGAGGACGAGCAUGUGCGCGCGCCCAGCGGGCACCACCAGGCUGGCCGCUGUCUAUUGUGGGCCUGCAAAGCGUGCAAGCGCAAGACCACUAACGCCGACCGCCGCAAGGCCGCCACCAUGCGCGAGCGGCGCCGCCUGAGCAAAGUCAACGAGGCUUUCGAGACGCUGAAGCGCUGCACGUCCAGCAACCCAAACCAGCGGCUGCCCAAGGUGGAGAUCCUGCGCAACGCGAUUCGCUACAUCGAAGGCCUGCAGGCGCUGCUGCGCGACCAGGACGCCGCGCCCCCUGGCGCCGCCGCGGCCUUUUACGCGCCUGGCCCGCUGCCCCCAGGCCGUGGCGGCGAGCACUAUAGCGGCGACUCGGACGCGUCCAGCCCGCGCUCCAACUGUUCCGACGGCAUGAUGGACUACAGCGGCCCCCCGAGCGGUGCCCGGCGGCGGAACUGCUACGACAGCACCUACUACAGCGAGGCGCCCAGCGAACCCAGGCCCGGGAAGAGUGCUGCGGUGUCGAGCCUCGACUGCCUGUCAAGCAUCGUGGAGCGCAUCUCCACCGAGAGCCCCACGGCGCCCUCCCUUCUGCUGGCGGAUGCGCCGCCGGAGUCGUCUCCGGGCCCACAAGAGGCGGCGGCCCAGAGUGAGGUCGAGCGCGGCGCCCCCACCCCUUCCCCGGACGCCGCCCCGCAGUGCCCAGCGGGCGCAAACCCCAACCCGAUCUACCAGGUGCUCUGAGGAGGUGGGCGGCCGCAUGGGAGGGCUCCGCUGCCCACGCGCCGGAGGGAUAGUGCCCCUAGGGUCCCUCGUGCCCAAAAGAUUGAGCUUAAAUGCCAACGCCUGUUCCCAACUUCGCUUUAAAAGCGACCCCUCUCCCGAAUGGGGAGAGGCGGGAGAACUGAUGUGUGUUUCCGCCUCCCGCACUCCAGAGUAAGGACACAGUCCUUUUUGCCCACGCAACACCCUUCCCUGAGACCCGCUGCAAUGGCCUUUCGGAGUUCUCCUGAGGCCAGAGCUGAUCCUUGAGGGGCCAGACCCUUCCUCUUCCUUUUCCCCUUCCCUACGCGGGGUGGAACCCGCGCAGAUCUAAGCCCCGCCUCCGGACGCUCCUGUUGUUUGAGGGGGCGUGGCCUCUCUUUCCCAGAGCCCUGCCGACUUUGUUGUUCCCCUGCGCCGUCGGGGUGCGCUCGCGUUCUGCGUCUAACAAGUGUUAACAGUAACCACUCCACCUCCUCCCCCAUUUCAGGACCACUUUUUGUAACACUUUUGUAAUCUAUUCCUGUAAAUAAGAGUUGCUUUGCCAGAGCAAGAGCCCCUAGGGCUGUAUUUAUCUCUGAAGCAUGGUGUGCGGUGCUACAGGGAAUUUGUACGUUUAUACCACAAGUGGGCGAGCCGCGGGCGCUCGCUCAGGUGUUCGAAAUAAAGACGCUAAUUUAUACCGCGGUGGCU